AUGAGAGACCAGGUGGAAGGGAAGGUGAUGAGAGAGGGAGGGGGAGAGAGAAAUCAGCUCAGACCACAUACUGGGUGAGAGGACUGCAGAAGGAAGGAGGGAGGGCUGCAAAAUCCCUGAUUCUGACAUUGAAGCAGAGUACAGAGAGAGGCAGAGAGAGAGAACCACACAAAGGAGAAGCAUCAGAGACGCAGCAGACAGGCAGCCCAAGCGCAGUAUUACCAGAGAGAGAGAGAGCCAAAGAGAGGAAGCGAGCAAGACGAGAGAGAGAGAGACAGAUAGAGAGGAGGGAGGGUGGUGCAAUCACAGAGGUUGACAGAGAGAAAGAACAGAAUAGAGGAAGAUACAUGGAAAGCAGGAGGGAAAAAGAGGAGAGAUGAAGAUGAACAAGGAGGGAGAGAGCAAGGGCAGGAGGGAGGAUGGAGCAGAUAGCUGAGUCUAAUAGGACAGACACUGAUUUCUGCUUUCCACUACAUGUAUGACUGCACAGACUGGGUGGAAUAUAACAGGGACAAUAUAGGACACUGAAGAGCUGGCGUGUGUGUAAGUGUCUGUGUGUGUGUGUGUGUGUGUGUGUGCGUGUAUGUGUAUGUGUGUGUGUGUCUUACUGCGUGUGUAAGGGUUUUGCUGGCUUGGCUGGGGCUGGGUAAGAGCUAUGGUCUGGGUUACACAAUUAAGUGUGUGUGUGUAGUGUGGAGAUGACAGGAUGAGAGAGGAUGUAGGUUUGUAUGUGUGUACAUGCAAUUUGUAUGCAGGUGAGCAGAGAAAUCAAUGUGGUGAGAAAAGAGAAUAUAGUGAACAUUCGAGGAACGUAGACGCUCAGCACAGGAGUACGCGGUUCACAGUGAAAGGAACUGGUGCAUUGUAAAUGUGGGGAGGGCCUGGGAUCUAGGGCUGGGGGAGUGGGGCAGAGAGAAGGGGGGGGGGGGGGGGGACAGGAAUUGUGGGACUGUGGUAGUAUCACCAGUACAGGGGAGGGAGAGGACAGAGUCGUGUAAAGGUUGUGAAAGCGUCCACGGCCCUUGGCAUAUUAUCAGAAGAGGCGCACACCUGAAUGCUAGCCCAAUGUCGAGCCAACUGGGAGCCUACAGAGAAAGAGUAGUAAGAGCACCGAGAGGGGUUCAGGGUGGAGUGGAUGCUCUGCUUUGGGUGUGCCUGUGAGCCUAGGAGACAAGGGCUCUAGAACAUUCCUGUUUCAGCCAGUGGCCCACAUUCUUCAGUGACCAUGGGAGAGUGGACCAUUCUGGAGCGGUUGCUAGAGGCUGCUGUACAGCAACACUCUACCAUGAUCGGCCGGAUUCUGCUGACAGUGGUGGUGAUCUUCCGUAUCCUGAUUGUGGGCAUUGUGGGUGAGAAAGUAUAUGAGGAUGAGCAGAUCAUGUUCAUCUGCAAUACUAUGCAGCCUGGCUGCAACCAGGCCUGCUAUGACAAGGCCUUCCCCAUCUCCCACAUCCGCUAUUGGGUCUUCCAGAUCAUUCUGGUGUGCACACCCAGUCUGUGCUUCAUCACCUACUCCGUGCAUCAGGCCGCCAAGCAGCGUGAUCGCAGCUACUCCUUCCUGCACCCCUACAUGGAGCGGGACCACGGCCGGCAUGAGGGUGCCCGAAAACUGCGCAACAUCAACGGCAUCCUGGUGCACAACCCAGAGAGUGGGGGCAAGGAGGAACAUGACUGUCUGGAGGUGAAGGAGAUACCCAAUGCACCCCGUGGCCUCACACACGGCAAGAGCGCCAAGGUGCGCCGCCAGGAGGGCAUCUCCCGCUUCUAUGUCAUCCAGGUUGUGUUCCGCAAUGCACUGGAAAUUGGUUUCCUGGCCGGGCAGUAUUUCCUGUAUGGCUUUAAUGUGCCAGGCAUGUUUGAGUGUGAUCGCUACCCCUGUGUAAAGGAGGUGGAGUGCUAUGUGUCGCGACCCACUGAGAAGACAGUGUUUCUCGUCUUCAUGUUUGCGGUCAGCGGGAUCUGCGUGCUGCUCAACUUGGCUGAGCUUAACCACCUGGGUUGGCGCAAGAUUAAAACCGCCAUCCGUGGUGUACAGGCACGACGCAAGUCUAUCUGUGAGGUGCGCAAAAAGGAUGUCUCUCACCUGUCCCAGGCUCCCAACCUGGGUCGGACCCAGUCCAGUGAGUCAGCUUACGUUUGACGGCUUGCUUCCUCGCUGGCAUGUUCUUGCCCUGUUCGCACCUCCAAGCUGCCGUGUUUGUAAGCCUGGAAUUAAUUUAUUUGUGGGUGUAACAUUUCUGCAGUAUAGUUCACAUGAGCAAGAUAAAUAGAGUGUACUGGGGUGUUAAUUCAGGCAGUCAGAAGGACAAAAGGACAGAAAUUCUUUGACAAAUAAUGAGGGUAGCUGGAGUUAUUUCACUGGUGUGGAACAGUGAUUGAAAUGAAAUAGCCAACCAUUCAUGAAUCACAUAACAUCAAAGUUUCUCUUUUAAUCUUUAAACAGUAAACUUUCAGAAAAGCCCUGUUAGAUGUGUUUCCAUUAUAGUAGCUCAGCAGCAUCAUAAUCUUUUGUAACCCAGAACAUGAUAACGGAUUGUGUCCAAGUGAAGAUGCUUGUGGGAAUUUGGUCUGAUCCGCUUCCUCACUAUACCUCCACAGGUGGCACAGAGAAAAAUACUACAGUUCUUUUACUCUGCUGGAGAAUAAAAGUAAAAACAAAAGAACAGAAGAGCAAUGGAUAGCUCCUCUCCCCUGCACUCUUGCCCCAGCACUCUUCCCUGUGAGAGUCUUUCUGUAGGUGUGAGAUUACAUUAGUCUUUAAAAAUUAAAAUCUUAGUCAGCUCUUCUUUUUCAGUUGAGCAGGAAACAUAUUGAUUCCUUUACUAUUUGCUGUCAUGCACUCAGAAAUAUUUAUUUCUUCUGUGCCAGAGUUAGUGCCAUAAUUUAAAUGGCAACAUACAACCUAAUAAUUUACCAAUAUAUUAAAUCUUAUUUAUUUAAUGGGGUAGAAGUUGGGGGAGGGGGUGCUGUUCCAUGGGUUUUGCAGUAUCUACGUGGUUUAGGUUUUUGUUUAGUUCUUGGUCUGAAAUUAAUUAUAUUCCAAACAAUUUGUAAUUUUGAAUGAUCUUUUGAAAAGAGCAUGUUUUCAAACUACUAAUGGAAUGGACAGACUGUGUCAUUAGAUAUAAUUUCUAAAAAAGACUUUGUUCAUUUGCAUCCUGCUCCUAUGAUGUGUAUUAAUGGCAUGUGUUAAAAAAAGAAAUCAUGUACAUGAUUAAUGUGUAGCACUCUUACAUGCAGACAUUGGAUAAUUCACUUUGGGAGGACUCUGUAGCCCCAGCAAUAAUAUCUAUAAAAAAGCUUCUGUGUUUAUGCAAUAAAGCAGCUGCACUGUAAAAGAGGGACCCAAAAGCACAAUACAAUAGGCCCUGCCUCCAACUCUGCUGCUGGGCACUGAUUGGCCUAACUGCAAAUUUUCAGUACUCCCAGUCUUACACAGCUGCAUUGGGAUGCUGUCGCAUGCAGCAUGCUGCAGGAUGAUGCAGGCAGCACAGUUUCUGAUGACGUGUUGUCCUUCACGGCAACGAGCAUGCUGAGCUGGGGUUCUUUUCUCACCAGGGAAACAGCUAGGAGAUCUGUUCACAUAAAAGUGCUUGUACAUGCAUAUUAGCAUUAGCAUUAGCAUGUGCUGAAAUGUACACUAUUAGUUCUUCAGCAGUGAGGAUACACACACACACAAAUAUAUAUCCACUGAAAAAAAGUGCUUCAUUGGGUAAGCCAAAUAUUUUAGGUUCAUCCCCUGAAACAUUUCCUUCUGUGUGUGUAUGUGUAUAUACAGAGCAGUCUAAGUAUGUGGACAGGGACACAAUUUUUGUUAUUUUGGUUUGGUUCACCAGCACAUUGGAUUUGAAAUGAAACAGUUAAUAUGAGGUUAACAUGCAGACUGUCAGCUUUAAUUUGUGGGUAUUCACAACCAUCUUGGGUGAACUGUGUAGGUAUCGCAGCCCUUUUUCUAAAUUGUUUCCCCAUUUUAGGGUGGCCAAAAGUAAUUGGACAAAUUAACACUUUAAUAAAGUGGUCAUAUUAGUACUUGGUUACAAAUCUUUUGCAUUCAAUGACUGGCAGAAGCCUGUGACCCAAGGCCAUCACCAGCCACAGGCUAUCUUCUCUGGUGAUGCUCCGUCAAGCAUGUACUGCAGUCCUCUGCACUUCCUGUACUGUAUGGGUAGAGGGCUUUUUGUCUUCAGACUUGUCUUCAGCAAGUGAAAUGGAUGUUCACUUGGAUUCAGCUCGGGUGAUUGACUUAGCCCGUUAAGUGCAUUCCACUGUUUGGCCCUGAAAAACUCAUUGCCCAGUUGCAAGGUGAAGCGCUGUCCAAUGAGUUUUUAGGCAUUUAGUUUUAUCUGAGCAGAUAAGAUGUUUCCAUACACUCCAGAAUUCAUCCUGCUGCAGUCGUAAGCAGUUACAUCAAUGGAGACAAGUAGGCCAGCUCCAGUGGUAACCAUAUAUGCCCAAGCCAUAACACUACAUCCAACAUGUUUCACAGAUGAGGGGGAUGCUUUGGAUCUUGAGCAGUUACUUUCUUUCUCCACAUUUUUCUCCUCACCAUCACUAUGGUACAACUUUUUGAUUGGUUUGACAGGGGUUGAAAAGGCUUUUUCUUCGGUCAAACUAUUAUUUGGUCUACCAUGGUCUCCCAGUCAGUUCGCUAUUUCUGAGCUCACCUGUGCGGUCUUCUUUCCUAACAAUGUAUCACACAGAUAAUGUCGACACACCCAUUGUUUUGGCUGUCUCUGAUCGAUUUAUUCAGAUUUCUUUGCCUGCUUUACUGGCAUCGACGCUUCUUUGGGCCUCAUAUUGAGAGACAACAUUAACAGACUCUAAAUGCAAAUCCCCCACCUAAAAUUAACUGGACCUUUUUUUUUGCUUUCUUGUGCAAGAACUAAUGAUGCAAUGACAUGCAACUAGCCAAGAAACAGCUCAGCAGCCUAUUGUCCAAUUACUUUUGGUCCCAUAAAAUGGAGAAUUACCUAAUGUAUAAUCAUGGGUGUAAUUCCUUUCCAAGUUUCACCCAAUAUGGAUGGUGCUCUCAAUUAAAGUUGACAGUCUGCACUUUAAUCUCAUAUGUACUGUUUCAUUUCUAAUCAAAUGUGCUGGCAUACAGAGCCAACAUUAUACAAAUUGUCUUUGUCCAAAUAAUGUUGGACUGCACUGUAUAUACAUAAACACCAAAUUUCAACCCACCCACACACAUAUAUAUAUGUGUGUAUAUACGCAUCUACCAAAUCCCACCCCCACACACACAAAUGUACACAGAUGCACACACACACACACAGAUGUGUAUGUACCUUUGAGUUCAGUGAUGAAGUGUUAUGGGGGGAAGAGCGAGAGAGAUGAAAGAUGGUGAUGAGAGCUAAAAGUACCUCGUCGGUUUUGUGACACUGAGACCACUUAUGACAUGUAUUUCCAUAAGAACACACAGGGAUGAGGGUACUGAGAAACCUGCUGUGACUUGCUAGUUUGGGCUAAAAAGCUGUUUUACUGCUCCAAUAGCAAGAACCUGUUUUAUGCUGCACUGCCAGCUUAAAUCAUACAAGUCUACUUUACACUGGACUCUCUGCUCCAAUCACACUACUCUGUUUUUUUUACUGCACUCUCUGCUCCAAUCACACGACUCUGUUUUGUACUGCACUGUUCGCACCAAUCACAUGACAUUAUUGUCAUUUGAUAAUGCAGAGAACAGGGCCUGACAGGGCCAGUGACCGGUAAGAGCAGUGUUUACUUGAGAUUCUUGAGUGUGAGUUCCUGUAGUUGAAAGAAAAGCAAUGACAAAAAAUGAAUUAUCUAAAUAAAUUAAUCAGGUAUUGAACAUGCCUGGAAGUCAGGCACUGAAAUCUCUCAAAUGAAUUUCAGCAUAUAUUCAAACAUUAGCACUGAAUGCAAUGUUUGAUGUUUUUUCUAAAGGUGUCGUGCCAGAUCAUAUCAGAAAACUGACUUGUGUACAGAUCAAAAUACACAGGUUUCGAUGCUGUUCCUGUUGUCUCACUGAUGGAGGUAAACUGGCACUCCGGGGGGUCUAUCUGAAACAAGAGCCAGGUUUGAUUCACAGCCACAGAGGACCAUAGCCAAGUGAUCCUCAUGUUUGUCUCACCAGGUGUGCGUUGUCCUGAUGAGACCCCUCCCAGUGGGUGCUGCCUAUGUUCAGCAGGUGUGUGACUCAGUUGGACUCUGUUCUUGAUUUCUUUAAUGAGGUCUCAACAAAAUGUGGGACCUGAUUAUGAGGUAUGCACUCUCCAUCUGUUUCCUCUCUCUUCUCCCCCCUCCAUGAGUCUUAUCGCUGAAAGUAGUACAGGGCUAGUUGUACUGCUCUUCAUGAUGUCAACAGCCCUUUUUUAAACAUUUUAGGAUAACAUAUUAUGUGUAUGAAAAGGAAAUUAUGCAAUGUAACUUCUUUAACUUGGUUUUAUGGAUUGGUUCAUUUUUAUUGCACAGUACUGUAAAUUAAUAAGAAAAAUUAAGGUCUUUUUAAAUGUAAAAAUGUACGCUUUUCAAGUCAGAACUUUGGGAAUAGGUGUGAAAUUUAAAAAAUGCUUUUCAGAGCAAAAUUUCUGGCCUCCCUGGCCUAAAAUAAUAUGCAAUGUAUGGUACUAACUUAGGAUUUUGAAAAAAGUGCUAUGCUUAGUGCAUGGAAUAUGGAUAGAAUUUGCAUGAUUUUUUACAGUAAAACCUAAAUAAAUAGAGAGACAAAAUGUUCAGCUAUGUCCUGACAGCCCAAAGGGUGCAGUAAAAUACUGCAACGAGGCUGCCUGGAUAUCCCAAUGCUCACCCUAUAAUCCUUUAUCAAUUAAGUGAUUGAACUACAAUCACUCUGGCUUUAUGGGCAAUUAUUUAAUCAGCUAAUCCUCAGAUCUCAUUUCACAAACAACAGAGACACAGAGGCUGAGCUGAAGUUUGCACCAGAGCGAGUGGAUGCUGCAAUGUUGUCCUAUCUUCAGAACUGUUCCUCUUCCUAGAAUAAAAUAUGAGGAUAUGUAAAAUGA